AGGGGUGUUUUAAGGAGGAAGGACGAAAAGGAUUGGGACAAAACGUGAUCGUCCGAGGGAUCGUCAACGUGGUGGAUGGAAGCCCCGUCACGAGCCUCUCGUCGGCCAAUUAGCCACGACAGGGGAUUUGCGCUGGGGUCAACGUGGCACUAUCCACCACCGUGCACACUGGUACAUCACCACACCUUUCUCUCUCUAUAAAUUACAAAAAAUUUACCACUGCCAGUACAACACACACACCGCUAUAUGUACACACACUUCUCCUACCAACAAGUCAACUAGUUCACUAGACUCACUACCCACAAGCCUACAACUUUUCACUUUCACUUUCACUGAUCAUAUAUACGGAAUAUCUUUGGUGGUCUAUAUAUAUCUUGGAGUCUUGCAUGUCCUCUUGCUGUGUUGUGUGUUGUAUGGUGUUUCCAGGAAAUGGGGAGAGCACCAUGCUGUGAGAAAGUGGGGUUGAAAAGAGGGAGGUGGACAGCUGAAGAAGAUGAGAUCUUGACAAACUACAUUCAAGCUAAUGGGGAAGGCUCUUGGAGGUCAUUACCCAAGAAUGCAGGGUUACUGAGGUGUGGGAAGAGUUGUAGGCUGAGAUGGAUCAACUACUUGAGAUCUGAUUUAAAGAGAGGCAACAUAACAGCAGCGGAAGAAGAUGUAAUUAUUAAGUUGCAUGCUCAACUGGGGAAUAGGUGGUCGUUGAUCGCUGGUCACUUAGCAGGAAGAACAGACAACGAGAUAAAGAAUUACUGGAACUCUCACUUGAGUAGAAAGAUUCACAGCUUCCGGAGGCUUAGCAAUGAAAACCUAGCAGUAGCAGUACCGGUGGUGAUGGACUUAACCAAAGCAAGCAUUGCAGCGAAGCGAAGAGGAGGCCGAACGAGUCGCUCCGCCAUGAAGAAGAACAAAAGCUACGUUAAUAAUAUUAUACCUGCUCCCGAGUUAUCAACGGAAAAGCCUUUUCCGAAGGAUAUUCAAAGUGGAGUUAUGGAGGGAAUGGUGCCAAUAAUGCCAACUACACCAACCUUAGAGAAAGAGGCCACUUCAUGGAAUACUAAUGAUAUUGUUGUGGUGGAUCCAUGGGCAACAGAAGAAGAAGAGGGAAGGAACAAUCUAUCUGUGCUCAGUGAUUCUCAAAGGGGAAUGUCGGGUUCGAGUGAUGAUGAUCAAGAGAGAGAGAAUAAUAUUUUAAUGUCGUGUCACAGUAGUGACCAUAGGAAUAGUGAGUUGGAAUUGGUGGGAAGUUAUGAAGGUCUAGAUAGUCCCAUGUUGUGUUUUAAUGACAUUAUGGGGGAUGAUUUGCAGGAGCUGGGUCCUGAUGGCUAUUUAACAACAGGUAAGGAGGGAGAAACUAUUAAUAACGCGGUCGGUGGUGAUGAGAGAGAAAAUAGGGUCACGGAUUCAAACACCAUAAAGGAAGUGGAUGUUGGUCAGAGAGGUAAUCUGAGCUCAAAAGGAGAUCAUAGUAGCAGUAGCGAUUGGUAUUCUUGCACUACUUCAACAAAUUCAUGUAUGGAAGAUAUUAUAAGGGCUGAUUGGGAUUGGGAUUUUAAUAAUGAUUGGGAUAUGGGUACUGUUGUUCAAGGACAUCAUCUACCAAGGGAUGUUGAGGAGGAAGAGAAGACGUCUUGGACUUCAUUGUGGGAGAGUUAUAAUUUGGAUAAAGAUUCUAGUACUGCAGUUAUGUUGGGAGAAGAUGAGAUUCACUGUGACAAGCACGAGGCUUUGGUUGCAUGGCUUCUCUCUUAAUUUUAUUUUUCUUCGUAAUUUUCUUGUAUUUUUUUUUAUUUCGGUUUUGUAAAGGGUGAUGGUUGAGGUAGUGGUUAGAAUUUCUUUUUCCACUUUGGGACUGACAUAUGAUCGUUAGUUAGUAAAAUCAAAGUCCCACUUAAUUAUUGCUGUCACGUUCUACUAUUUUGUUGAAUGAAUAUGAUGUGAAUGCAUCUGUUUUCUUCUUGGUA